AUGGCUCAACAACAACAACAACAACAACAACUGCCACAUGGAACAUCUCCAUCGAAACCAACAACCGUAACUUCAUCAACAUGUGCAUUUCUGAUAACUGAUUGUGACGAUGACGAUUCAGGUUCGAAUACAGCAGCAGUUGCUAGUAGUAGUUCGACUGGAGGCACACCAACAAAACGAAGAUUUGGUUAUUCGCGUCAAGAGAAAAGCCUUGGAACAUUAACACGCCGAUUUAUGUCACUAUUGAGACAAUCAAAAACUGGUGUGAUGGAUUUAAAACAGGUCGCAGAAUCACUCGCUACAAAACAAAAACGACGAAUAUAUGAUAUUACAAAUGUACUGGAAGGUAUUGGUCUUAUUGAAAAACAAUCGAAAAAUACAAUAAGAUGGAAAGGUGCUAUAUCAGGUGAUAAUACAGUUGAAGCAUAUGAACGUCUUCAUCGAGCUCAAGCACACUUACAAGAACUUGAAGAUGAAUCGACAUUUUGGACUGAAAAAAUUCGUUUAAUUGAACGUAGUAUUGCAAAUACAUUGGAUGAUAUAACUUUAAAAGACUUGCUGUAUUUAACACGAGAGGAUUUAUGUCAAAUUUUGGAUGACGAUGUAAUUGUUUUAGCUGAAGGACUAAAUGGAACAUUGAUGAAAAUAAAUGAAAUACAGAAUGGUGAAAAAAUAUCUCAUCAACUCCAUCUUCAAAGUCGUCAUUAUCCAGUUAAUUUAAAAUUAUUAAAUCGUAAUUCACAAGUAACAUCAAAUACGACAGAUGAUCAACGACAAAAUUCUUUCGAUGAAUCAGGGUCGCCUAUAGCAUCAACAGAACCAUUUAUUACACUAGGUGAAAUGGCUGAACCUGAUGAUUAUCAUAAUGUGUUGGAUGAUACUGAAGGCGUAUGUGAUUUGUACGAUGAUGAUAAUGAUGAUGUUACAGCCAUGACAUGUGCAUAA